AUGUCGUCGUUCACCCUCGCGUCGAGCGCGCCCUCAAAGACGAUCGCGCGCGCCCACGCGCGGCGCGGCGCCGCGCGCGGCGCCCGCGUCGUCGUGCACGCGGCGAAAAAGAAGCAAGAUGCCACCGAAGAGGACGAGGCGAAGAUCGACUUCAAAGGCUUGAAGCAGCUCAUAAGCAUGGGCCUCGGCACGAUCAGCGGGGACAUCACGGAAAUUAACUUGGACGAUCCCACGAGAACGGUCGUGAUGGAGCUCGAGGCGAAUAAUUUUGAAGACAAAGAUGGCAAACCGUUGAAUUUUAUCAAUAACGAUGGGUUCGUCGGCGAGAAAGGGGAGAGUGUUAGCGUUUUGAAUUACGCGGUGCCUGUGCUCUUGGGGGCGGCGUCCAUAGCGGGCGUCGUGGCCACGCUUAAAGCGCUCGCGUAA